AUGCCCACGCUGACGUCACCAAGCUCAACUACCACGUCCACUUGUCGCUCGAGAAUGUCCCACUGCAAGGCUGGGGCGAGGAGCUCGUCUCGCGCAUCAUCGGCGACGAUUGCGCCCUUCACUACUUGGACGAUUCCAUGCUACAGAAGCUGGACGCCUCGGCGGUCUAAGCUAUGGGCGUGGUUCUCAGACCCUGCACUCAUACCUCGGGUGCACUGCCUCAAGAUGAUCAACAAGCCCCUGACCAGGGGCGCACACCCGGGCUCCGACCUGAUGGGUCGCACGGGGAUCAGCUCAUGUCUCUCCCGUUGCAUGACUAGUGUUUCCGACCAGUGUGCCUUCUCCAAGGGGAUCGCCUACCACUCCCCCAGCUGCAACGUCUCCUCUCCUGAGGACCCAAACUUCCUCACCCAGGCACCCUCCGGUGAACCACACAAGGACCUUGGCGGGCAUGACCCUUACGGACGCAGACGGGGGAUUCACUCUACGCCGCUCCAGCGCCAGGCUCAAGGGCAAGGGCAAGAUGGGGAUGAUGCCGAUGACAAAGCUGACUGAGAAGCUACCCUGUCGACGCUUGGGGAUCGUCAACGAGGGCGACCAAAUCACCGAGGAGGGCCAUCGCCAAGUUCGCUGCUCUCUUCCACGGUCGGUCGCCAGCGAUUGCCGUGGACGCCCUCACGACUUUGUUCCGCCUAGACUGCGAUCUGGCACUGGCUGUGGAGGAUGCUCUGCUCGCGCACGGCGGUGGAGGAGCGUUGGACCACUCGUUGGCGGCCGCUGCUGGAGGGGCGUCCAGCCUCGUCGCCUGAUGCCUCUGUAGGCCCACAAAGUUUGUGUGCAACGAGUUCCAAUGUUAGCAAACUUGCAUGUUAUUGGCAUGUGUCGGCCCAGGAUGCUUAGGCUGUAGUUUUAAUUUUGCUACUUUGUUGUAUGAUGUCAUGGAGAUAGAGAACUGCUACCGGUUUGGUUGUAUGCAGCUAUCACUUCCUCUGCCCAAGUUAUGUUAUGUCU